AACUGCCAAACAUUUCAAUUCUGUUAUCACCUGAAAUAACAGGUUGUGUGUUCCUUAUCUAAUUUUUCUUUUCCCAAUGUUUCAAGUCCCAAUUGGUUUCAUUUCGGAUGUUGUUUGCGCGUUUUUUAAUGUGAGAUAAGACCUAAUCAGUGUUACGUACCUGUCAAGUUGUUCACGUUGUCUGUCUAAGAAUCUGAAUGCAUUCACGGCUUGAUCCAAAUCCUUCGAUUGUUUUGUUGAAACCGUCGUCUGCUGAUCCCUUCAAGCUACCGAGAAGGUUCGGCUUCUGGAUACCGAAAAGGGAGAAAAAGAGGGGUUUGAUUUAAGCGACUUUCCGAGAAAUACUCGUCGUUAGCCAAAUCGAAAUCUCGACGUUAAAGAGCGCACAACCAACUCGACAAAGAAGGGACAAUUAAUAAGAAAAAAAUAGUUUGCUAUUUGUUGUGUAAAUUGAGCUCAAUUUAAGUAAUUCAACAAUUGAUGGGGCAAGCAGUUGUUUAAACAAGGUCUCGUCAGUUCGACCACGAUAGUCUUGUAAGGCGUUACCGCUGAGACGUCCACCAAUCGUACAGUGAGGAAACAAUUCGCAAGUGUAUGAGAACCGGAUGAAUAAAAUUUUGAAUGACGAACGUUUACCGAGAGUGAUCCAAUUCGCCAAAACGGCUUGCAAGCGAACACUAACUUGAGAGUUGGUUGUGUGUCGGUGGAGUGCGCCCUUGAGCAGAAGGGUUUGACUGUUUAACCGCAAAACCCGUGUGAUAAAUGGAUAUUGAAUCGUAUCAUUUGCAAAAUAAAAUGUUAACAAUCGAUAAUAGCUUGCUCCAAAAUCACCGUCAGCGAGAAACGACCGGAAUCAAGAAAUUGUACAAUUCCUUCUUUGUUAUGUUCUAAAAAUCGCGAGGACUCGAUUAAUCCAGGACUCAGUUCGGUCGAACGAAAGUAGCUAGAUUCGAUUUUUUUAUCCGGAGAUUCCGGCCCGCGGCAGUUUUUGUAGUAUGGAUUACGAAUUGUAUGACAACUCGGACAUUUUGCUGAACGGUGAUAAACUCACUAACUCGAAAAGUUCAUGGAACAUACCCAGUGACGGUAGCAUGGAUAAUAACGACGAGUAUUUCGACUGGAAUCCUCUCAAAAUCGACGAGGAUCAUGUGGAGAACGGGCAAGCCACCAGACAAACAAGGAAAAGGAAACUAACAGCAAUAGAAGCGAGUCCUUCCAAAAUUAAACAGAGUUUCAAAAAUGCACAAGAUCCGCUCGCGAUCGAUGACAAGCACCAGAAAAAGGCGCAAAAUGGCACUGUCAGGAUGCCCACGUGGCAAGUGGAGGAUAUUACGGAACUGAACGGAGACAUCGACAGUUCUCUAAGUUUGGGGUCCGACUUGGCCAACAAUUCCUACAACGUCAGUGAUGCCAUUCUGUCCAUUUCCGGCUUGACGGUCUUUAAGCAGGAAGCGCCUUCGCCGACGAACAACGACGUGUCGCAGCUGCAACUCGUCCGCCAGAACCGCCAGAGCCCCACCAGCACCCAGCAAGUGGUCCAUAAUGGGGCCAUCGAAGAGACCAACAACCAGAAUAUGAUCAACAACACCAUCAAUCAAUUGCUAACUCAGUCGGCUUACACGAAUUUGCAAAACGCGAUCGAUGCUAAUCUCGUCUCUUCGCCCAACUCGCAGGAUAACUACAACGUGACUUCGACCAAUUACAGCUUCGCGGAGGAUUGCCGGUUUCAGUACGUUUUGGCGGCGGCGACCAGCAUCGCCACCAAAGUCAACGAAGACACUUUGACGUAUUUGAAUCAGGGGCAGAGUUACGAGAUCAAGUUGAAGAAGUUGGGCGAUUUGUCGAUGUACCGGGGGAAGUUGUUGAAGUCGGUUAUUAGGAUGUGCUUCCAUGAACGCCGGUUGCAGUAUAUGGAAAAGGAGCAAAUGGCGGCGUGGCAAAGGGCGAGGCCUGGUGAUAGGAUUUUGGAAGUUGAUGUGCCCUUGUCGUAUGGCGCUUUUGAUAUUGUGCAGCCGACUAAUGCGCUAAAUAUUAUUCAUUUCAAUUGGGAUCCAACUAAGGAAGUUGGGGUUUAUAUUAAAGUGAAUUGCAUAAGCACCGAAUUCACCCCGAAAAAGCACGGCGGUGAAAAGGGCGUCCCGUUCCGCAUCCAGGUCGAAACUUACCAAAACGGCGAUAAUCUCGACUCGUCUGUUCGUCUUCAUGCAGCGGCCUGCCAAAUCAAGGUUUUCAAGCUGAAAGGCGCCGACAGAAAGCACAAACAAGAUCGGGAAAAAAUCAUGAAACGGCCUCUAUCCGAGCAGGAAAAAUACCAGCCGAGUUACGAAUGCACCGUUUUAAAUGACAUUCCCAACGAUGCCGUGCUGAAUUCGCCCCCGAUAGCCCCCAUUUCUGCCGCUGAAAGCGGGAGUAAUCAUGGGUUGAGCAAGAAGGAGCCGAGCGUCGAGAGUGCGCAUUUGAAGACGAAUAAUGCAGGGGCUGGUCCGCCGCAGGAUAAGGUCGACAGGAAAAUCACCGAGGCUAAUGUCAUUUCGAAUGACCAUUUGUCGUCGCAUUCGACGCCGGAGGAAACCACGGCCUGGUUAGUGAACAACCGUUUCGACAAAUAUCUCGAAACCUUUGCAAACUUCUCAGGAGCUGACAUGUUACGCAUGUCGAGAGACGACCUCAUUCAGAUUUGUGGACAAGCUGACGGAAUUCGGUUUUAUAACGCAAUUCAUCUAAAAACCAUAGCGCCGAAGCUGAAAAUUUACGUUUGCCGCCAAAACACUUCGAUUUUCAACGCUGUUUUCCUAUCGAGUCACAGCAAUGUGGAGUUGUUGGAGAAGUUGUCGGAGUUGAUGGGGGUUUCCCAGGAUCAGGUCCGGGACAUUUACAUGGAAGGACCACAUUCAAUUCAUGUGCAAUUAAAUAACGAUGUUAUUCGUCAUAUUAAGGAAGAAACAAUGUUUUCGGUUGAAAUUCUGCAAGAAAAUGGCAAUUUCGUUUUUCUUUUGAAACGUACUGUUAAAUAAGAGACAAAGUGGUGUGUCUAUAUUUGUGAUUCUCAAUAUUACUCAGUGUCUUAUUUGUAUGCCUUAAGUAAUUUAGGUCAUAUUGCAUGGUUAUAGUGUUAUCUCAGGUUUAAAUAAAGCGUGCAGCAAGUUUUAUUUUAGAAAUGUUUUAAGUAUUUGAGAUUUCUAUUAUGUUUACAUAUUUGUAUCGUUGUUUAGUUUGUAUUUAUAUUUUAAGUGAUGUUGCUUAUUCUAUAUACUUUUGAAGUUUAUUUCGUUAGAGUUGUUAGUUCGUAAUAAGGUAUACGUACAUGUUCGCAAGGAAAAUAAAAUCAAUAUUUUUUGAUGUACAAAUUAUAUCGAUAGUUUUUAGCCCUAGUUAUAACUUGUGUGUAAAUUAGGGAAGGUAGUAAGCAUGAAAUAACUUUAUUUUUAAAUCCAUUACGUGCCUUGAUAUAUUCUGCAACAGAGUGUAAUCAGAGUGCCAUAAAGAAAUAUAGCCAGCUUUAAGCAUUUACGAAAAA